AUGGCUCUUGAAGGCCCGGCAAGCGUGCGACACAAGCAAGUGCUUUACCAAGAAUAUCGCCAGUUCUUGUUAUCACGGAAACUUUCCCGUGUAAACGUAGAGAAGCUGAUCCGAGUACAGGAAAUAACAUGUAAACAAUUGCGGGGCAACCCGUGGUCGUACCGUCACUCCCUCCACCUCGCGUACAGUAUCAUCACGACCAUAGGGUUUGGAGAGUUAGCACCUAUCACACCUCUGGGUAAGCUCACUGUCAUAGGAUACGGAACACUGGGAAUCGUCCUGAACAUCCUGUGCCUGGCGAGCCUGAGACUCCUGUUCAGCAUGUUGAUAUACAGGUUGCUGUGGUGGUAUGUGAGAUAUAAGCAAGGAAUCACACGUCGCGCGAGGAGCGUCGCUAAAGUUACUUUCACUCUGCUGCUCAUCUGCGCCCUGUGGACUGUCACCUCUAUCUUUACUUUGACAAGGAGUCACGGCAACUGGAGUUGGUUUUUGUCCUGGUAUAGCACCUUUAUAGCUGCCACAACUAUCGGCUUCGGUGACAUGGUUAUUCUGGACGAUUUUAAUGAUGGGGAGUCCAUCACCGUCCUGGAGCACAUGCUACAGUUCCUCUUCAUGAUCAACAUUGUCUUGAUCCUAGCACUGUUCUCUACCUUGUUUGAACUUUUAAAACAGACCAAUGUUAGAAGGGUGAGCAAGAGGGUGUCUCAUAUUGUUAACAUCAUCCAUCAGACUCAGAUACAGUCGAGAAUCAACAAUUCUGGGUUAAACCCCAUCUUGGGAGUUGGCAGGGAAUUAGCUGCUGGGUCAGUUGUUGAGGUGAUGCCAACCAUUAGGGAAAGUGAGAGUGAAAGAGAAAGUCACACCGACACUGACAGAAACACCGACAGUAGCAGUAAUAGUAAAUCCAAUAAUUAA